CCUGCCCAGCGUUGGCUGCAGAGGCUCGGCCGGACCUUGGAGUCCGUUACCCAUCGCGCCGCCCUGACCCGAGGGUUUGGGGACCUUCCGGGCUGAACCACACCGCAGCUCUGCGCCCGCGCCUUUGUCUGCUCCGCGCCCGCCCGCCCGCCGGCCCCAUGGAGCGCGCCGCGCCGUCGUCCCAGGUCCCGCUGCUGCUGCUGCUGCUGCUCGGAGCCUUCUCGCUGCUGGCGGCCCGAGUGGACGCAGACGUUCCCGUGGAGACCUGCUGUGCCGACGGACACAGCAUGGCCACCCAGCGGAGGGACUGCUCACUGCCCUACACCUCGGAGUCCAAAGAAUGCAGGAUGGUCCAGGAACAAUGCUGCCACAGCCGACUGGAGGAGCUGCACUGUGCCACCGGCAUCAACCUGGCCAACGAGCAGGACCGCUGUGCCACGCCGCACAGGGACAAUGCCAGCCUCGAGGCCAUGUUCAUGAAGAGGUGCUGCCACUGCUGCCUGCUGGGGAGGGCGGCCCAGGCCCAGGGCCAGAGCUGCGAGUUCAGCCUCAUGGCUGGCUACCAGUGUGGACUGGUCUUCCGGGCGUGCUGCGUGAAGGGCCAGGAGACGGCAGACUUCACGCCGGGGGACAUCGGCGACCCCCAGGAGACGGCCAAAAUUUCUGAGGGUGAGGAGGAACAAGAAGACCCAUACCUUAAUGACCGCUGCCGAGGCGGCGGCCCUUGCAAGCAGCAGUGCCGUGACACGGGGGACAAGGUCGUCUGUUCCUGCUUUGUGGGCUACCAGCUGCUGUCUGACGGCGUCUCCUGUGAAGAUGUCAAUGAGUGCAUCACUGGCAGCCAUAACUGCCGGCUCGGGGAGUCCUGCGUCAAUACCGUGGGCUCUUUCCGCUGUCAGCGGGACAGCAGCUGUGGAACAGGCUACGAGCUCACAGAGGACAAUGACUGCAAAGAUAUUGACGAGUGUGAGACUGGUAUUCAUAACUGCCUCCCCGAUUUUAUCUGUCAGAAUACUCUGGGAUCCUUCCGCUGCAGACCCAAGCUACAGUGCAAGAGUGGCUUUAUACAAGAUGCUCUAGGCAACUGUAUUGAUAUCAAUGAGUGUUUGAGUAUCAGUGCUCCGUGCCCUCCGGGGCAGACGUGUAUCAACACAGAGGGCUCCUAUACCUGCCAGAAGAAUGUGCCCAACUGUGGCCGUGGCUACCACCUCAACGACGAGGGCACCCGAUGUGUUGACGUGGACGAGUGUUCGCCGCCCUUGGAGCCCUGUGGGCCGGGGCAUGUCUGUGUGAACUCCCCCGGAAGUUUCCGCUGCGAUUGCAAGGCUGGCUACUAUUUUGAUGGCAUCAGCAGGACCUGUGUGGACAUCAACGAGUGCCGGCGCUAUCCUGGCCGCCUGUGUGGCCACAAGUGCGAGAAUACACCCGGCUCAUACUACUGCAGCUGCACCGUGGGCUUCCGGCUGUCCGCCGACGGCCGGUCCUGUGAAGAUGUGAAUGAGUGUACCAGCAGCCCCUGUAGCCAGGAGUGCGCCAACGUUUACGGCUCCUACCAGUGUUACUGCCGGCGGGGCUACCAGCUCAGUGAUGUGGACGGUGUCACCUGUGAAGAUAUCGAUGAGUGUGCCCUGCCCACCGGGGGCCACAUCUGCUCCUACCGCUGUAUCAACAUCCCCGGAAGCUUCCAGUGCAGCUGUCCCUCGUCUGGCUACAGGCUGGCCCCCAACGGCCGCAACUGCCAAGACAUUGACGAGUGCGUAACUGGCAUUCACAAUUGCUCCAUCAACGAGACCUGCUUCAACAUCCAGGGCGGAUUCCGCUGCCUGUCCUUUGACUGCCCAGAGAACUACCGUCGCUCCGCAGAUACGCUGCGCCAGGAGAAGACAGACACUGUCCGCUGCGUGAAGUCUUGCCGCCCGAACGACGUCACCUGCGUGCUGAACCCAGUGCACACCAUCUCUCACACGGUCAUCUCGCUGCCUACCUUCCGCGAGUUCACACGCCCUGAAGAGAUCAUCUUCCUCCGGGCCAUUACGCCGGCGUAUCCCGCCAACCACGCUGACAUCAUCUUCGACAUCACAGAAGGGAACCUGCGGGACUCCUUUGACAUCAUCAAGCGCUACAUGGAUGGCAUGACCGUGGGUGUCGUGCGCCAAGUGCGGCCCAUCGUGGGCCCAUUUCAUGCCGUCCUGAAGCUGGAGAUGAACUACCUGGUUGGGGGUGUGAUCUCCCACCGAAAUAUCGUCAACGUCCACAUCUUCGUCUCUGAGUACUGGUUCUGAGGGCCAGUGCGCAUCGCAGCCAAGGCUAUGCCUCCAGGCCAAGUCAUUGCUGCAAAUGACAAUGCCCGGUGCCUCUUUGCACCACCCAAACAUUUCUUAACUUUAUCUAUUUGUUUGUAGUGUUAGGACAACAUGUAUUAAUCUGGGCCAAAUGAGUAAGUCCAUCUGAUGUACUUUGGUGUUUAAUCAUAAGUUCAGUUUCUCAACAAUUUGGUGAAAACCUUGCUUAUUCCUUUUAACACAAAGGUUGAAUAUUGCUUCCUUUCUCUGCCUGUGGGCUUGGGCAGUGCUAAGGACCUAGGAAAGAAAGGCAUUUUUUUCGGAGGCAGCAGGUCCAAGUGCCAUGGAAAGACCAGUUCUGGCCCUGAUUGUAUGAAAUUUGACAUUUCGGUUCUUUUAUGCCAAUCAGAUGUGGCACACCCAAUUUUAAGGACACACACACACACACACAGGCGCUGUAAAAUGUCAGGUACAAUAAAUUGCCCCCCAAAGCAAAAUGCUUCGGGGGCACUUACAAGGUAAAUUGCAGUUCUGUGUUCAAAAAAAAGAAAAACAAAACAAACCCUUGGUAAAGACAUAGUCCUGUUCGGCUCUAGGUUUGUGUAUGGCCCAGGUGCGUUCGCGAAUGGAAUGAUGGGUUUUCUCUGCACCUUGUCCCUCUCCUCUUCUUACUCUGAGGGAAAAUAAACAGCUUUGUGAACCUCC